AUGGGCACCCGGCGACAGCCCGCCCGCAGCGGGACGGCGGCUGGGGCCUCGGGAGCGUCCUUACCUGAGCGCCGCGGCGGCUGCCGGCACCGGGACGCGCCGAGGGGCAGAGAGAGGGCGCGCCGCCGCCGCCGUGCCCACCUCAACCCGCCCCGCCGCUCUCGGGGCUGUCGCCGGGACGCGGCCGCCUGCGCGCCGCGAGCCCCCGGGACCCGCCCCCCUCCUCCGCCCCCGGCCCCGCCCCGGCCCCGGCGCCGCUCCCGCAGGGCCCCCGCGGCGGCGGUAGCAGCGGCCGGCCCGUCGCCGCCGCCCCCUCGCGGCCGCCCCCUCGCUCCGCCCCGCCCGGCGCCCUGCCCGCCGCCCGCAGCGGCCCCUGCAUUGCGGAGGGGCCCCGCGGCCGCCGCGUACCUGCGCGGGGCCGUCUGGCAGGGAGCGGGGCCGUCUGGCAGCGAGCGGGGCUCGGCCGCUGCGGGGCUCGGCGGCAGCCGGUCCCGGCCCUGGGGCCGGCCCGCGGCCCAGCGGGUGACACCCUGCCUUGCCGCGGGGCCAUCGUCCCGCCGUCUAGAAAAGCACCCCGAGAGCCCCUCACCUGAUUGCGCUUGGGUCUUCCGGCGGUGCGAGGCUCAGCUCAACCGAACAUCCCCUUCCCCUCCGGGGGAAGAGAACGGAUAA